AUGUCUGGUGGAGAUGAAAACAUGUGCACAUCGGGAAGUGGAGUCAGUAUACAAGUAUUUCGUCCAACAUGGGAGGAAUUUAAAGAUUUCAACAAGUAUGUUCAGUACAUGGAGUCAAAGGGCGCACAUAAAGCUGGUCUUGCAAAAGUAAUUCCUCCGCCGGAGUGGGUACCGAGGCGAAGUGGAUAUGAUUUAGACGACCUGAACAUCACAAUACCAUCACCAAUCUGUCAAGUAGUCACCGGAAAGCAAGGUUUGUUUCAACAAAUUAAUAUUCAGAAGAAAUCUAUGACCGUAAAACAAUUUGCGGUAUUGGCGAAGUCCGCAAAAUACUGCACCCCACGGCACUCUAGUUUCGAAGAUCUCGAACGCAAAUAUUGGAAGAAUGUUACAUAUGUAGCGCCUAUUUACGGGGCAGAUGUUAAUGGAAGUAUCACAGACCCAGAUGUGAACGAAUGGAAUAUCAACAGGUUAGGCACUAUCCUGGACUUUGUCAAUUCUGAUUAUGGCAUAGAAAUUGAUGGUGUAAAUACAGCAUAUCUGUACUUUGGGAUGUGGAAGACAACAUUUGCGUGGCACACAGAAGACAUGGACCUUUAUUCAAUUAAUUAUUUACAUUUCGGAGAGCCAAAAACUUGGUAUGCUGUACCCCCGGAACAUGGUAAACGAUUUGAGAGGACUGCUGCUGGUUUCUUUCCGACAUCAGCAAAAACAUGUCAAGCGUUUCUUAGACAUAAGAUGACAUUAAUAUCACCACAAAUAUUAAAGCAAUAUUCUAUACCUGUUAACAAAAUUACCCAAGAGGCUGGGGAAAUAAUGAUUACAUUUCCUUAUGGAUAUCAUGCAGGGUUUAACCAUGGCUUCAACUGUGCUGAAUCGACUAACUUUGCAGCACCUCGAUGGGUUGAAUAUGGCAAACGUGCUACUCAAUGCACAUGUAGUAACGACAUGGUUAAAAUAUCUAUGGAUACAUUUGUUAAGCGUUUUCAACCAGAUCGUUAUGAAUUGUGGCUUAAAGGUCAAGACAUAGGCUGCCACCCGGAACAGCCAGAGAAAAUGGUACCAGCCCCACAUCCCUCCGGUCAAGAUAUCCUAUGCAAUAAGAAUAACACAGAGCUCCCACAAACAUUCAUCGAAGCGGAAGAAGAAGGUUUGAAGAAAAAGAAACGUCACCCACUGCACUUGAAAAGGGCUAUGGCUAGUAAAAGCAUCUCUGAAGGGGCAAUUGCUGUUUCAAUAUUGGGACAUGAUGUUAUGGAUGAUGAUGAAAUGACUAUGGCUGAAGGUGACCUGGAUAUGAUGACUUCAAUGAAAAGGCCAAUGUUACCAAUGGAACCAGGAGACCCACAAUUAGAUGCACUUGAAGACAUAUGGCUGAAAGGUGAUGAAAUGGAUCCAUCUGAGGCUCAGUUACCCGAUAUUGGUUAUAUGGAUUCAGACAAAGAUUCGGAUUAUGAAGUACCUAAAUCUAAGAAAAUUACAAAAGUAAGGAGAGCACGUAAAGAGAGUGUUAAAAAAAUCAAAGAUGAAAAGAAAUCUGAGACAGAUACAGAUAAGUCAAAUACAACACCGAAAAAACGCAGGAUGAAAACUAAAAAGCUGUCAAAUGAAGAGCUACUAGAUAUGUCUGCGCUCAUUUCAAAUUGGGAAUCUCCACCACAUGACACAAGCUCUGAAAUAGCUGAUGCUGUUCAAACAGACCCUUUAAAUAGUACAACAAGCAUAACAGAUGUAAAAGUAGAUACACAACCUGAAUUACCAACAACAAACAUAAAAGCAGAACCCAAAAAGCGUAGAAAACCCACCGAGAAACCAGUUAAAGAUGUUGUCAAAAAGGAACCUAAGAAACGCAGCCCCAAGCCUAAACUCGAAAAAAUCCCCUGGUGA